AUGCCGGUUCCGACGCCCUACGGGGCCCUUUCGGCUGCAUUCCGAGUGCUCUGUCUGCGCUGCCUUCGGGCAAAAGCUUGUGGGAUCCCGUCUCAUGAUUGCGUCUGGUCCGCCGCCAGCUCCAAGUGCGGGUACUGCACUGCGCAGCACUCAGCUUGCGUCCCGCUGCCCUGGUUACUUGGGGAAGAGUUUGCGGCCCUCCGUGCUGCCGAAGAGGCCACCCCCCUCAUUCCAGCCAACGUUGCCGCCACCGCCACCGAGGCAAAUUGGGUGACCCUCCUGGCCGCCCAGAGCAUCCCAAAGUUCUGCUCCGAGGCAGAGUGUGACCUCUACGAGGAGGCACGCGCCACUCGGGCUGCCCUCAAGUCGGGGCUUGCUGUGAGUAGACCCCUUCUACGAGGAGGCACGCGCCACUCGGGCUGCCCUCAAGUCGGGGCUUGCUCAAAUUCGGUCGUCGCUGUGCCGUCUGCGGAUGGAACAGGAGAGCGUCCAGGCUCUCUGGGGGAGUUGGUGGAUGCUGUUGGCAAACUGCCCACCACUGCCGUUCCCGCAGUCGUCCCGACUCGGGGUGAUGGGAGGAAGGAAGGGGGGGAGGAUGGGGAAGUUGGGGCAGCCUACGGGGCCUAG